AUGAUAAUAAGUACAGUGUAUUUGAAUUUGCUGGGCCGACAAACAUGGGGUGUUUACCUGUCCAGCACCAUUCGCUUGAAUAAUGGCACAGAAAUGCCUGCACUUGGCUUAGGAACAGGUGGUUAUGGAUCGGGUGGACCACCACAGGGCCAGCAAAUGGUUGGCAUAAUUGAUGAGGCGAUCGAUAUCGGGUACAGACAUAUCGAUACGGCCAGU